UACGUCUUGUCUGGCAUGCUGUAGCGAUGUGGGGUGAGUGGUUUGGCCCCCUCUAUUUCCACCGCUUGAGGAUGAUUCCCUAGCCACUUAUCGAAUGGGUCUAGUUGGUCAACAUUCAUACUAUUAUCGAAAUCAAAUUGCGAUGAUUUUGACUGCGACCUUUUUGACCUGAACAUGCUCAUCCGUUUCCUCGCUGCCCCGCUAAUUGGCGUCUCGACCGAAACCAAAUCAUAUCGAUUGUCCGUUAAAGGGACAUUGGACAGCGAAUUGCGACGACUCUGCGGUCCUGGUCUUGAGCCCGGGGAAUUCGAUGAGUGCGUCUUCGGUUUCGAGAGCUUGUUCGCAGGCCUUCGAGGCGUCGACGGGGCCGAUUGAGCGUUCCCCAUGUUGCAAGAGCGACCCGGAAAAUGAAUGUGUACCGAAGCUCAUUCAAUCGUCCCACCCAUACCUCUCCCUCUCUGCUGGAAUAUCCCCAAGCCAAGAGAAAUGACAGAGAAGAUCGGCAGCGCAGGAGUAGAAGUAGGAGCAGCAGCGGGUGCAGGAGCAGGAUGGGACCGGGGGGAAGACGAGACGAGGCUUGAUAUUGGACACACCAGGAUGCUGAACCUGGCUUCUCGCGAGACCAAUUGCGUCACCCUUGUCUGGCAGGGAGAUGGGAGGGAGAAUCGAGACCUAUAUAAAAUCAGGGAAUCAGAUGUUAUUGAUACAGUAUGUAGAGAGGCUCGACGGGGAGCGUGGGGGAUGAUGUUUCAAGGUGGUUACAGAAGGUCUUCAACUCCUCCCGGCACCGAAUCGCUUCAGAUCGUAACAGGAAGCUCGCGACAAUUCCUUCACAACAACGGGGCAGCAAAGGGCUGGAAAACGGAUGGAUGGGUGAGGAGAGGGGAGGGAAGAGGAGAGGAGAGAAGAGAGAGAAGAGGCGGAAACCGCUGGUUACAUGUAUACAAUUUCACGAUUGGUACUAUUGAGCCGUCAGUAAUAUGACCGUCUUGCG